UCGGGCUCUAAUAUGGAACGUGUCCCGUGCGCGCUGUAUUGUAGGAAGUCGCCCUCGGAACUUUUAGGAAAGUCGCGCGGAGGACAGUUAGUCCUCUUGACGGUUUCCAUGGGAGAGCUGUUCUGAGAAUGAGGAGGAGCUCCAUCAGCUGCCAUGGAAACACAAACAAGAACUGAAGGAUUCACUAGUUGAUAUGUACAAAGCUAAUCCUAAAGUCAAUGAGGAACUGAAACAAAGGCUGCCGUCCCCUGUAAAGCGCCACUGUUCAGAGACCACACCACAACUUGGAUUGAGUGGUUGCUCUAGCCCAGAUAUCUCUCAAAGUGCAUCUGAGAAAGAGGCUCUUGACAAAAGGUUCAUAAAAGAGCUUAACACACUGAGGUUUGGAGAAGGCCCAGGAGCUGGAGUACCCCCACCCCCACCCCCACCAGCAAUAGCUGGGAGCAUGGAGGAGGGGAAACACCCCUCAAGAGCUCUCUUGCAAAAGGGGCAAGAUGGUGAAGAGCUGGACGGGGGUCCCAUCGGCCAGCCUCAGCUCAUUAACCCUCUGCCCACUGUACCCAGAGGAGUCACGGAAAAGGACCAUGGGAAUUCCAAAGUUAGCUGUGACACGAAAAGACAAAUCCCAGUCUUCAGUAGGGAGAAGAACAUAGCAUUCCUGCUGAAGGAGCUAGAUUCCCUCCGAGUCCUCAAUAAAAAGUUGCAGGAUAAGCUGGCCCUGAGGGAGAAAGAGUUGGAGACCAUGCGACUGGACAAGCAGCUCCAGGAUGCUGAUCUGGAGUCGCGCGCAUGCGAGAGGGCAGCAGUGCUGGUAGAGGAGGUUUAUAAGGCUCAGAGGGAGAGGGACCAGGCUGUGAUGGCCAGACUGCGGCUAGCUAACGAGGAGAGGGACGAGGCUCUUCUCCGAGCCAAGAAGCUUCAAGAGGCAGCCAUGGAGUUGGAGAAUAUUAACCCAGAGGAAAGUGACAUGGACCUGGAGGAACUGCUGCACAGGGUGAGCAGUGCUGACUCUGCUCUGAGUAUUGAGCGCAGUGGCAUGGCUAUCUUGGAGCGUAUUCAGAGAGCCAGAGAGCGCCGCUCCAAGAUCACCUCUGAGGAGAUGAGAGCUGUCAUAGAAGAGAGAGACAAGGCCUUGAGCAGGUGCAAGCGCCUGGAGCAAGAGCUGCUUUAUAGCAGAGAGCUAAGCCAGACCACCACCAGUCACCUGGUCACUACACACCAUCAGGAACAGGAACACAAGGUGGAGUUAAAGACUGUCCAGAGAGAGAGAGACAUGGCAGUGGAGGUGUGUCGCAGGCUGGAGGAGGAGCUUCGGUCCCUGCGCAGGUACCACAGUACCCAGCAGAGCCAGAUGGAGGAGUCAGGUAGGAAGGAGGCUUCCAGCUGGGCCUCUCCUACCCAGGCUAAGGAGGGCCCAGUGACCCCAACCCCGGCCCUGCUGAGCCGUGUGCAGCUGCUGACCACGGAGCUCCAGGGCACAAAGACACAGCUGCACCUGGUCCAGGAGGCAGAGAGAGAAGCCACAGAGAAAGUACAGAAGCUAGAACGUUUGGUAGAAGUCCUGAGAAAGAAGGUGGGCACUGGGAGUGUCCGUACUGUGAUCUGACUGGACGCCGGAUGACCAGAGCAGAGCAGACGGCCACAUCUGGUGACCAGGCUGCUGUGUUUAACUCUGAGCAAACAGCCAAAGCCUGCCCUGGACAAACACAGGCUGGAAGUGAAGCUCGCUCCCUCACCCAGCUCCACAUCACAUCUUACAACCCCCACUCGCUUCUGAUGGUUACAGACAGUGUCUGAUACUCCCACAGCCAGCCAUAUGAAACGGCCUACAACUCCUAUUGUGAAGUAUUUCAUUUUUAUGUUACGUAAAAGUGUAGCAGGAUAAGUGAAAAUUAGAUAUAUACAGUGAUAUUUAAUGGGUGACAAUGAUAGUCACCUCUUUUUUGAGAAGUCCUCCACAGAUGUGACAUGUAUCAAACUGCCCUGGGAUGAUGUUUACAGAAAAAUGUUUACAGACUAAUUUUGGCUAUAUCUGAUAUUUUUCAAAUAUCAAUAAAGGGGCACUCAUUUUAA